AGCCAUUCCAUUCAAUCAUCCAUCCCAAAGUACCUUCAAAAAUUAAUUACAUACACACAUUAUACAUGUGAGUCUUAGCAAAGAUUUUCGAGUAUAAAAACAAAUGCAGUUGCGGAUUCAAUUAUUAUUCAAAUCACGUACCUCAAAGUGUUAGGACAAAGACUUUGGUGAAUAAUUAUUUAACUUACUUCUUCGUAUUUUGGUUAAAAUAAAUCGUUUUUUGUGCAAAAAUGGCCUUCAAGUUCAUCGCUAUCUUGGCUCUAGUGGCAGCUGUUAAUGCUGGUGUUAUCCAAGUGCCACAACAUGUCACUUUAGAACACCAACCCACCGUUUAUCACCAUGCUGCUCCCCAAGAACACCAUGUUGUUUUACAAAAGACUCACCACGCUGCCCAUGAAGAAUAUCCUGACGAUCCUCAUCCUAAAUAUAACUUUGCCUAUGAAGUUCAAGAUGCUGUCUCAGGUGAUUCUAAGAGCCAAACCGAAUCACGUGAUGGAGAUGUUGUACAUGGCGAAUACUCUUUAACUGAUGCUGAUGGUUUCCGUCGUACUGUCAAAUACACUGCCGAUGAUGUCAAUGGUUUUAAUGCUGUUGUACACCGUGAACCUAUUAAUGGCCACAAAGUAGUCACCACUGCUCAUGUAGCUCCCGUACAUGUUACUCCCGUGCACACUACUCAAUACCAUCAUGAACCUGCAUCUUAUGCUGCUCCUGUCAAUCAUCAUGCCCAUCCUGAGCAAACUGCCCACCAAACAUACAUCACUUAUGAAGUCCCCCAACACGAAUCACACGAAUCCCAAUAUCAACAUUAAGAAAAUACUCUGAACGGCCAUUUUUUGCCCGUUGCAUUUUGAUCAUUUUUAUUGUUUUCAUUUUUCUAUUCAUUUUGUUAUUUAGUAUUUUUUUUAAUUGUUUUAUAUCUUAAAUAGAACAUUUGUACUAUUAGUGUUAAUUAGUGAAUAAAUAUUUUAGCAUUUAACAGUAAAUAAAAUUUUAUUUUAAAUCAAA